UUUCAUCACUUCAACUUACGGAAUUAUCUGUGGUCCUCUCUCAGGUUGUGAUUUAUGUCUCAAACUCAAAAAAAGAGGAUGGUGGUCUUGUAAGUGCAUCCCCUCAAGGAGAAUACCGUUGCAAACCUAAAAAUUGUAAAUGUGGUCCUGGUGGCCAAAAUGGUAAAUGCGGUGAAUGUGCAGAUGAAGUCACUGAUGUUGCUUUUGUUGUAUUAGCUUAG